GGCCACGGUCACAGAUACACAGCGAUUGUGUUAUCACGCACACUAGCGCAAGCCCCCAAAGUAGUCUAACGUGUUGACUGUCAUUAUGACGUUUUUAAUGUGAAUUGAGUGUUUAUUAAACCUAAUUUGAACUGAAAUUGGACGUAACAUAUUCAAAAUGAAUAUCAAGGCAGCUUUGGCCAUAUGUAUGGUCUUCGUUGGAUGUUGUUCCAACGUAGUUUUUCUUGAAUUGGUUGUGAAAGAAGACCCAGGCGCUGGAAAUUUGGUGACAUUCCUUCAGUUCUUAUUCAUCGCAUUUUGCGGUUUUUGUACCGUUGGAAAAUUCGGUACUGCGAAAAGGAAUAUACCAUUCAAGCAAUACCUGAUAUUAGUUGGAUUUUUCUGGACAAGCAGUGUGGCUAACAACUAUGCGUUCGAUUUCAACAUAUCUAUGCCUUUGCAUAUGAUUUUUAGAGCGGGAUCCCUAAUGGCGAACAUGGCAAUGGGCGUAUGGAUAUUGAAGAAGCAAUACCCAGCGUUGAAAUACUUGGCUAUCUUCAUGAUAUCUGCUGGUAUAGCGAUAUGCACCAUACAAUCGAGUGGAGAAGUUAAAGCCCCUAGAGAAACGCAUUCAGAUGCUGAAGAAGAAGCAAGAUUGAAAUUCAUAGAUUGGCUUUGGUGGUGUUUAGGAAUAGCCAUAUUAACUUUCGCUCUAUUCGUAUCAGCGCGAAUGGGUAUUUUCCAAGAAUCCUUAUACACAAAACAUGGAAAGCAUCCUUGGGAAGCGCUGUACUACGCUCACUUAUUACCAUUGGUAAUCUGGCUACCAUCAGCUCCAAAUUUAAUAGGACAUGUCAAAUUAGCUACAGAAACUGCCCCAGUAAAUUUCCUAGGCUUUACAAUGCCUGUACAAGUAUUAUGGCUGCUUUUAUAUGUAGUUACUCAGGGUCUAUGUAUAAGUUCAGUGUAUGUUUUGACCACUGAAUGUGCGUCUUUGACGGUCACUUUGACAGUGACUUUAAGAAAGUUCGUGUCACUUUUGUUUUCAAUAGUUUACUUUAAGAAUCCGUUCACUCUUGGACAUUGGAUUGGGACACUUUUAGUGUUUAUCGGUACUUUGAUAUUUACUGAAUUAUUGCAGAAGUUUGUUGCUCUGUUCUUGCCGGCUAAAGUUGAUGAUAAAAAGAAGAAGUAGUUUUGUCGUCAAGUUUUUAUUUAUGUUUUUUUUAGAAGAAUAAUUCAUUUUCAUUUGUUAUUUAUUUUAAAAGCAUUUAAUCGCUACAAAAAUAGUUUUUUUUACAUAUGUUCAUGUUACCAACAAAUGUUUCAUUUUGUGACCUUAGUUAUAUAGGUACUUAAUAAAAACCAAUUUUGGGUGCAGUUAUAAUUUUCUAAAAGCCUAAUACAACCUUCUAAUACCUAUAGAAUGUAAAUAAACUUUUAACUAUAGCUAAUAAAAUAAAAUGUAGGUAAGUACCUAUAGCUGGAAAAUUAUAUAAAUCUUUUAGAUUGCCAAAUUUUCUUUGUAUAAUCUAAUUUAUCUAUAUUAAUCAAUUUUAAUUUAUAUUCUUAUCUGACUUCUUAAAAAAUAAAUGCUUGUUUGUGAUACUUUGGUUAUAUACAAUAUUAUUAUGAUAGUAAAAUUAAUAAUAUGUGGACAAAUAUAGGUAGACAUUUUUUAAAGGUGCUAUGCUCAAUUUUUACACUUAAAAGUGCCAUAAGAACAACUUUAAAUACCACAAAAAUAUGUUUUGUCCCUUUCAACUAAUGCUAAAAACAUCAGAUAUGGAUAGUUAAAUUUAAAUUAUAAUGUUAUAAAAGCAUAAAUAAUUCCUAAUUAAUGUUUCGCUCUGAUAAAUUAUUACGACUUAUUAAAUAAUGAGAAUCUGCUUAUGUAAUGAAAUUUAUGCAUAAUUAUAAUGAUAUUAGUUGCAUAAUAAAGUAUCUAUUGAAAGAUGAGAGAAUAUUUUUGAUUGUCGGUUGAUAAGGUUGAUAUCUAAUUGAAGCUAUAUGGAAAUAGCGCCUUACUGACAAGCGACAAUAAGUACCCUUUUGGUUGAAAAUAGCUCAUUUAUAAAACAAUUCUUCCUUAAAGCUUACUUAAGAACAGAUUCAUUAACCUUUUCGACGCCGUGUCAAACACAAAAGCCGUCAUCCAGAUGCCACGUCACCGAAGUGUCAAAACUGAAAUUGAACUUUAUGCAUAUGCACGUAGUAGGUAUAUGUUGCUCUGUGGUAUAUGAUCGAUUAAUCGGUAUUUGGCGUUGAACCUACGGUGCGUAUAUAUCGGUCAUUGGCGUCCAAAAGGUUAAUUACACUAAAUUGACGAGGGGCACAUCAUAACCCGUUUACAGCCAUUUUGUACCUGAAAAAAGUUACGCUCACGCCAACAUUAUUGGUACAAACUAGCAAAUUCUUACUUAAAAGCAUGAAAGUAACUUCAACGUAUGAUAUAAAAUUUUAAAGGUUUUUUGUGUUCAAAAUCAGAUGAAAAAAAAAACAAAAUCGCCAUAUUCAGAUAUAUCGGAGCGGCCAAGGUGCUCCUUUCCCAGGUAG